GUUUCAUUUAUCCUAUUUCAACUGAACAGAGAACCCAGAAUGAAUAUGGAUUUUCUUCUGCUCCUGACUCAGACGAUGUUGCUCUCUACGUCGGGAUCGUCAUAGCCGUGAUUGUGUGCCUGGCUAUUUCCGUGGUUGUGGCCCUGUUCGUCUAUCGCAAGAACCACCGUGACUUUGAGUCAGAUAUUAUCGACUCCUCAGCACUAAAUGGGGGAUUUCAGCCUGUUAACAUCAAGGCUGCAAGGCAAGACCUCCUUGCGGUACCACCAGACCUCACUUCUGCUGCAGCCAUGUACAGGGGUCCUGUUUACGCCUUACAUGACGUCUCUGAUAAAAUCCCAAUGACCAAUUCUCCGAUCCUGGACCCGCUGCCCAACCUGAAAAUCAAGGUUUAUAACACCUCUGGCGCAGUCACUCCCCAGGAUGACCUCUCUGACUUCUCCUCCAAGCUGUCCCCACAGAUUACACAGUCUCUGCUGGAGAAUGAGACCCUGAACAUGAAAACCCAGAGCCUUGCUCGGCAAACAGAUCCAUCGUGCACGGCGUUUGGGACCUUCAAUUCUUUAGGAGGUCAUCUAGUAAUUCCCAAUUCAGGAGUAAGCUUGCUGAUCCCAGCGGGGGCUGUUCCACAAGGGAGAGUCUAUGAAAUGUAUGUGACAGUUCACAGGAAGGAGAACAUGAGGCCGCCUGUAGAAGACAGCCAAACCCUGCUGACACCGGUGGUGAGCUGCGGCCCCCCAGGAGCGCUGCUAACCCGGCCCGUCAUUUUAACCAUGCACCACUGCGCAGAACCGAACACGGAGGACUGGCAGAUCCAGCUGAAGCACCAGGCUGCCCAGGGCCCGUGGGAGGAUGUGGUGGUGGUCGGGGAGGAAAACUUCACCACUCCGUGCUAUAUCCAGCUGGACCCAGAGGCCUGCCAUAUCCUGACAGAAACCCUCAGCACGUAUGCCUUGGUGGGCCAGUCAAUCACCAAAGCAGCAGCCAAACGUCUCAAACUGGCCAUCUUUGGACCGCUGUCCUGCUCUUCGCUGGAGUACAGCAUCCGGGUCUACUGCCUCGACGACACGCAGGAUGCCCUUAAGGUGGUUGUUGCUCUCUUGCUCGCUUUCCCUCUCCCUCUCCAGCUCUCACAGGACUGCAGUCAUAGCGGUGACUAG